AUGCGUCGUCACGUGAACAGUCGGACAUGCUUUCAGUUCGACGCGUUUACUCACGUCCAAGUUCCAAAUGGGUUUCAGUGGGUAAGGAACAUCUCUCUUUUGCAGACGAGCCACUGCAUACACAAUAGCUUGGCGCGAUGGGUUAAUGCCCCUCCUCACGGAUUGAAGCUUGUCCAAGACAACAUUCUCUCCAACCACAGUGGUCAAUACAGAGGACCGUGGAAUCUGCAAGUUCGCUCAUAUCGAUCUACACUGGGUCAAAUACCCGGCGUCCAGUUGCUUGCAGAAAGGACGAUGUGCGCCUUGACCAUGGACCAGAAUGUCUUUGUCCUCGUCGAAGACCCUCUGGCUCCCAGCAGAGCAGAUUUCUUGGCAGCGGUGGGUCCGAAUGGAGAACCCCCGAAUGCCCCUCGUCCUUCCCACUACCGGACGACAUUCCUAACUCUACGACCGCCAGGAGCCCUCGAACAGCUCAUGAUGCAACUCAAAGCGCGCUGGGUGCCAGUACGCGCUCCGACAGCUGGAGCGCCCCAGCGAGGACAGUCCAGCCAGCAACUUACCAUCGACGGCGCUAUCUUCGCCAUUGGCUCAGAUUGGCUGGUCCGCAUUGGUAAUGUCGUACUCGCUGGCGGCGCAGCUGAAUAUCUUCCUCUGCCCGUCCUCCGGUCUCCUAUCGCAGAUGGUACAUCGGAGUUGUUGUCGAAUCUGCUAACCUCGAUACUUCCCAAUCUGCCUGAUGCGAAGACGGUGGCUGUUAACAUUUCGGAUGCUCAGUGGAACGAUGUUCUUUUCGACGAGGACGACCUUGACUCUCUGGGAUCGCCCGGUGACUCUGGCAUGGGGGAAGAAGACAUCUUCGUCUCUGGGGAGGAGAAAUCCACGGUCUCCAGGCAAGAUUGGCUCGGAGUGAACCGGGAUCGGCGUGCAGCUUAUCUUAUUAUUGGUGGUCUCAAGUUCACUGGCCAAGGCAAUGGUCUCUUUUGCACUAUGUUCAAUCUGGGCAAACAAGCGUCCGAACGCUGUGGUCGAGGCUACGCUACCAGUCCGAGUCAACACCGUCUUUUCUACCAAAACAAACAACUUGAGCUUUAUGCUGCGAAGGAGGCGAACCGGCUCACAUUGAGACAAUUGAUCUUCUUCGGUCGUUCAAUGAACGAACAGAGGCUGAUCAAGGCGAGCAAAACGGCGAGCGCCAACUAUGUCCGGACGGAGCUUCCUAUUCGCAUCGCGCAUAGGCUUCGGGACAUGCAGGCAUUGCCCUACAUCGUCAUGACGCAAGAGGGAGUGGACGAGGUUUAUGAGAUGUACUGGACUGCUUUCGACAAAUUACGAAGAUAUCCACCGAUCACAACUUUCGCUGAAAACAUCAAGUUCUGCAGCAGCCUUUCCGAUGUGCUGCAAGAACACUCGACAGUGAUACCGAACUUGGCACUGGGCCUUUCUUUGGCUAGCCCGCACUUGUCUGCCGAUGCCCUGGACUCUUUCCUCCGUCGCAUGCUCAUCUCAAGGAUCUCUCGACGGGUGUUGGCCGAGCAUCACAUCGCCUUGUCUGCAAGUCUCGCGGACAAAACCACGACUUCGAAGGACUCUCAAGUGGGGAUCAUAUUCCCCGGGCUGAAUGUUCAAGAAUGUAUCGAAAGAUGUGCCCAUAUUCUCAGGGAACCCGGGGAUCAUCUACCAGAAGUUAUCGUGGAUGGUCAGCUCGGCAUUCAAUUUGCUUACAUCAGAGAGCACCUCGAAUACAUCGUGUUCGAGCUGCUGAAAAAUUCCAUCCAAGCCACCAGUCUGCUGCAUCCCUCAAACCCUCCUCCCAUCAGAGCUACGGUGUUCUCCGGAAAGGACAAUGUUGGCAUCCGUAUAUCGGAUCGGGGUGGCGGACUUGCUCACACCCGUGUCAGCUCAUGUUCCGAUCUGUUUUCUUUCUCGCAUCACCGCAAUGCAUCCCGUCUGCAAGACGGGCGGAUAGGCGCGCUGCGGUCAGCCAGCAAGAACCCACGGGGAAUGCGCGCAACGGUGGACGAACAAGUCGACCGAUGGCAACAAGAACACGAGCAGGAUUAUGGCUCAGAAGACGAGGAAGGAAGGCAGCGGAUUGGGAUUGGGCUGCCCAUGAGCAACAUCUUUGCGACGUAUUUUGGUGGAUCCUUGGAUCUUGUCUCUCUGAACGGCCUGGGAACGGAUGUCUAUCUCCGUCUUCCGAAACUCGGCACAAACUUGGAGGGCAUCGAAGUUUAGAAGUUGAGGAACGAUCAUGAUACUGCGCGUGCCAUUCUAUUCUUCAGACGUUCUUGAAUUUCUUGAUUUUCGGUGACGAUCGUGCCCAUCCAUGGUGACGGAGGGCGGCAGUAUGUACCUGUGUUGGCUACUACCGUACAGCUUGUGUGCUAGCACCUACUCCCUGGCACGCUGCGACGGCGGCAACCAUUGGAUUGAUCAAUUCGGCUGGGAGGCAGCCGAAACUGUAUGGGCGUUUACAAGGACUUCUCGGAGAUGAUCCAUGUUUGCGUCCCGCUCUCCCUGUCUCUCUCUCUCGUCCUUCCAACUGCCGCAAUUGAGCUGGAUACGUGCAGGAUUCGCGGGACGCAGGGAUGGAUGAUUCCCCUCCGGCGUACUCCAGGGAUUAUGUCCAUCCGAUGGCUCUGAAGAGUCUGCCCCUCGAGUCUAGAAAGGCACCAAUUAGAGACGGAUUCGCCAGGCCUUUACCCCUCCCUCCUGGAACCGACACAAAGCCGGGCACGGCCCCUCUACGGAUCCACAAAAAGUCGCAAUCGACCGCACCCACAUCAUAUCACCCUGCCGGUCCUGAUAGUCACAUUUGCCCUCCUUCACGAGCUGGAUACCCAGCAUACCCACCCCCUCCUCCUCCUGGGGUCGAUAGAUCCAGCAUACCCGCAACUGCGGCCAUAAUCGACCCAAAUUCAUUUUACAAUCACGCCGUCUCAGGGCAAUUAUCGCGCCCGCUGCCGCAGCGCAGCACAUCCACAAUCCAAUCCCCUGGGGUCAACCGUCACGCCUCGGGACCCCAUGUACGAUGGGCAUGAACUGCUGACCACCCCAUGUUGCAUCAUCUCUCGCCCACUUGUAUUUCUCAUGAAACACGGUUACCAUAUGUAAAGAGUGUAAUAGAGUCGCGUUUAAUAGCCCAGUCUUGUACGAUAGUAGUGGCUUGCGUCGUCGUUUGCAGUGAGAGAGCCGACUCGCGAGUGGGAAGAUGAAGAAUUUGAACAGUCCAUCACGGUUCCGAUCGGCGGUUGAUUUAGCAACAACUUGUCCCUCCUCCUCUCAACCAGAGCGUCCAGACACAUUCGUCCGUGCACGCAGUGGCCCCAUGUCUUCUCGCAACGGGAGUAUUCGAAGUCCGUCGGCUGCGUCCUUCCAGUCCAACUCUGCAGGACCGAGAGCACCUGGUUCCAAUGUCACCUCUUCGAAUUCCGACUACGUCUACUUUGACCGCUCGACGGCUGGUUUCGAAGCCGUUCUACCCAAAGCGAAAGGAGCGCAGAUGAAACUGGAGCACUACUAUAAAGUAGCUGUUGACUCUGCCAUCGAACGAAACACGAGACGCGUGGAGCUGGAGCGGAAACUGCAAACCGACAACACGACAUCUGAGGAGCGGAAGCACCGCCAACUACUGCAGUUGGGCAAGAAAGAGUCGACCUUCCUUCGCCUGCGGCGCACAAAGCUUGGACUAGACGAUUUCCGCACAGUUAAAGUGAUUGGGAAGGGAGCGUUCGGUGAAGUUCGUCUUGUCCAAAAGGCCGACACAGGGAAGAUCUAUGCUAUGAAAAUGCUCCGGAAGGAAGAAAUGUUGAAGAAAGAUCAGUUGGCCCACGUCCGAGCGGAGAGAGAUGUUCUGGCUGAAUCCGCGUCUGAAUGGAUCGUGCAGCUGUAUUACAGCUUCCAGGAUCCAACUUACCUGUAUCUCAUCAUGGAGUUCAUACCAGGUGGAGACCUAAUGACUAUGCUCAUUAAAUACGAUACAUUUUCGGAGGAUGUGACAAGAUUCUACAUGGCAGAAUGUGUUUUGGCUAUUGAGAGCGUGCACCAAAUGGGAUACAUUCACCGGGAUAUUAAACCCGACAACAUCUUGAUUGACAAGGAUGGACAUGUGAAACUCAGCGACUUUGGAUUAUCGACAGGUUUCCAUAAACAGCACGACUCAAAUUAUUACCAGCGCCUGCUGGACAAUGCGCACAAAGAUCCAUCCCAAGCGUCUCGGAACAGCGUCAUGGUCAACUCCAUCAAUCUGACAAUGACGAACGAACAAAUCCAGACGUGGAAAGCCAACCGGCGAAAACUGGCGUACUCGACUGUUGGGACCCCAGACUACAUCGCACCAGAAAUCUUCCAGCAAAACGGCUACGGCAAAGAAUGUGACUGGUGGUCACUGGGUGCGAUCGCAUUCGAGUGCCUUGUUGGGUACCCGCCAUUCUGCUCAGAAUCGACGCACGAGACGUAUCAGAAGAUUAUACAGUGGCAACACCAUCUCAUCUUCCCUGAUGAUGUGCACUUGAGUCGCCCCGCUGAAGAUCUUAUCCGUCGUUUGAUUACUUCUGCGGAUCGCCGCCUCAGUAUUAAUGAAAUCAAAAAACACCCAUUCUUCUACGGUGUCGACUGGGGGACCCUGCGCAGUAUCGAUUCCCCCUUUGUGCCGCAUCUGAGGUCAAUCACCGACACAUCGUAUUUCCCGACAGACCAACUCGAACAGGUCCCCGAGGAGAUCCCUGCAGACGCGGCAGACGCUGCGGCCAACAAGGAUCUUGCCUUUUUGGGGUACACAUUCAAGCGCUUCUCCAUCUCCAACACAUUUUAGAUACAGGGUACUGUUCGCACGUGUAUUUAUACUCAUCUCAAAUAAACCGAACCUCUGCACUUCUGCAUCCAAUGUCCUAACGGCAUUUGCAUGACUCAUCAUCCCAUCUGUGAUAAUCUCCGAUCCCAACCAAUGACACGAAUCAUGUUCCUGCUCCAUCUGUUGUACCGUAGAAGCAGACUUGCUGUUCACCGCAAAACAAUGUCAU